AAGCCUCAGUGCACCCAACUCUUCCCGCGACAUGUUGUUUGGUAUUGGGCUUUGGUUUAUGGGAGUAUUGCAUGUACGCAAUCUGGUGUCUUCCAGACUUUUUUGUUCACGCUCUCCGCAUGUGCAGAAAAUAUUAGCGGCAAUGCUUACGGCCCCAUUCAAAUUGGACAUCAACAAUUUAGGGUAAUGUUUGACACCGGAGGAUUUACGCGGUGGCUUCCAUCGAGUCGGUCUGCGCCGCACUUGUUUUCAAGACGAAUAAAAUAUGACAAAAACUCCCCGACACGGAUUUCACUGGAGAGAGAAUACAGAACAAGCUACAGCGGUGAAAGAUACAGGGGAAACGUAGUAAUGGAUACUGUUUCAAUUGCUGGUAACCCCAUUGAGCAGUUUGCCUUCGUUGAAAUGAUCUACUCUUCGAUUUCUGUGGACACAAGCGAAGGGUUCGACGGAAUAAUUGGAAUGAGGAAACCUCAAGGAGAUCACAAACGAGGAGAUAUAUUCAAAAUUACUCUGACUGAUCAUCUCCUCGCCACGGGCAGCAUAGCAGAGGGCAUUUUCACUUUUAGGUUUUGCGGUCAAGCAGGUGUGCGUCGAUUUUCGUGGUUCGAAAAUGGAAACCUGAUUCUCGGUGGUGUACGUAAUGACUUUCACCAUUUGCCGAUUGUCUACGUUCCAACAUAUCAGUCCAAACAAUGGACGGUUUUCGUUGACAGCAUCGUCUAUGGAGAUGUAGUUCUCUGCAAACCCUGCCGUGCAAGAGUUGACACUGGGGCGUCAGUUACCCAUGCACCCGUGAGACCAGCAAACAUCCUUUUACAAAACUCUGUUGUGGAAGUAUAUGACGGUGGAGUGCUGCAUGUUCCCGUUCAAAGUCUUCCAUACCUUCUUCCGAUAAACAUAAACAUACGUUCCCACACGUUCACGUUACAACCACACCAGCUGGUGAGAGAGAUCAACGGUGUUUAUGCUUUCGGAAUGGAGGCUGUACAAAACGUCAACGAAAAUCAGUGGCUGUUCGGAAUAUCUUUUCUCCGCCAUUUCCACACAAUCUUUGAUCAACAAAGUAACCAGGUCGGCUUUGCCGCA